GGGGGUUAUAGCAGCUGGUGUGUGUGGAGAUGAGGCAGACCAGAAGUGCGUAAGUAGUUGGCUGGUGUGCCGCUGCGUUUUGCGCUCCCCCACAUCAGUGGAGCGCUGAGUGCGCGGUGCGUAAAAUGAGCGAAGACGCGCCGAGCUGCUUUUGCUCUCCAGGAUUCCAGUAAGAAGACUCGAGCCUUUUUUUUUUUUUUUUUUUUUUUUUUUUUAAAGUCUGGGAUUGGGGUUAUGCCCAGAAGAUGGACGCGCUCUACAACGCCACCGAAUGCAGCGGCGAAAACGGGACGAACGUCUCCGCGAACUGCAGCGACGGCUUCAACAAGUUCAUCCAGCCCGUGUGGCAGAUCACGCUGUGGGCCGUCGCUUAUUUCGGCAUCGUGGUGGUGUCUGUGGUCGGCAACGUGGUGGUCAUCUGGAUUAUUCUGGCGCACAGACGCAUGAGGACGGUCACCAACUACUUUCUAGUGAACCUCGCUUUCGCUGAGGCCGCCAUGUCGGCAUUCAACACGGUGAUCAACUUCGCCUACGCCGUUCACAACGAGUGGUACUUUGGUUUGGUCUACUGUCGAUUCCACAACUUCUUCCCCAUCGCCGCCAUAUUUGCCAGCAUUUACUCCAUGACAGCCAUCGCUCUGGACAGAUACAUGGCCAUCAUCCACCCUCUGAAGCAGAGGUUGUCGUCCACUCAGACUCGGUUGGUGAUCGGUGUGAUCUGGCUGCUGGCUCUGCUGCUGGCCUUUCCUCAGUAUCUCUACUCGUCCACCGCAGUGCUGCCUGGACGCACGGUUUGCUUCAUAGACUGGCCUGAAUACGACACUGUUGACUUCAAAAAGAUCUACUACGUGUGUGUGACCAUACUGAUCUACUUCCUGCCCCUGUGCAUCAUGGGAUGGGCGUACAUGACGGUGGCCGUCACCCUGUGGGCGAGCGAGAUUCCAGGAGACUCAUUUGAACACUACGCAGAGCAACUCAUCGCCAAACGCAAGGUGGUGAAGAUGAUGAUCGUGGUGGUGUGCACCUUCGCCGUGUGCUGGCUGCCGUACCACGUCUACUUCCUGCUGCACCAGUUCUUCCCCGAACUGUUUGAGGAGCGCUACAUCCAGCAGGUCUACCUGGCCGUCAUGUGGCUGGCCAUGAGCUCCACCAUGUACAACCCAGUCAUCUACUACUGCUUAAACAGCAGGUUCAGAACAGGCUUCCAGCAGGUCUUUUGCUGCUGUGCUCCCACCGUCACCAAAGAGGAGCUGCUGGAACUCAAAUCUCCUCGUUACCUCCAAACCCAGGUCAGCAUAUACCCCGCAAGCCGAACGGAGACCGUUGCUCCUGCCGCAGCAACCGAGGCGCCACCUGCCGAGUUGCACGUUUAUCCUCACGUGGAAGUCGCAACGAACGGCUCGGUCUCUGACUCGCUGCCCUAAAGCUCUCAUGAUUCCACCGUUAGGAGUAAAGAGUGGAGAUGCCCGGAUUUGUCCCAGGAGCACGGCAGCACGUAGAGACCAAUGCUAACACGGCUAACCGACCUGUGUACAGGUCACGCUUGAGUUAAACGGCUGACACAACCACAUGAUAUCAUUGGAUGAGGGCAUCAUCACAAAGUGACGUAUGACACUCUCAUCCUUCAUCACCUGCACGGCUCAGAGUCUUGACCCCCCUGACCUCCACACACACACACACACACACACACACACACACGCACUGUGUUCCUGACUUGGGGGGCUGUGUUUGCUUAGCAACAGUGUCAGUUUUUAACUGUGUUGCAUGGGAGCUUGGGGAGUGAUCACAGACUGCCUGUCUGUACAGACCCAGCACCUGUUGGGCAGGAUUAGCCCCUUGUUUUGACAAUGUGUGGAGCCCGGUUCGGUUUGCAGCAGCCAGGUCACAAGCCCGGCUAAAUAUAGAGGUCCAGAGAUGGGAAACCAGCCACACGUAGCACAACCAGGGGGGAGUCUGAGGCUCAUUGCUGCAGACAUAAGGUGCAAUUUCAGUGUCACAGGUACCAGGUGCAGGUGUUUGUGUCGUGUGUCUUUGCCUUGUGAUGAGCUGCUGAUCUGUUUAGAUUGUAGCAGUCGCCAUGCAGCGUUUCCAUUAACCAUGGAAUUGCGUAAAGUAAAAUUAUGACAAUAAUUUUACUUAAUGGAAACACAACAAUUAUGACAAAAUCCUUUUUGCGGUAGGAUGUGGUGGUUUUUCAGCCGUAUAUUGAAAUAGAUGUAUUUCUCAAAACUGCGAUGGAAACACUUUUCUGCAUCACAUUAGUCACACGAUGAACAGCCAGAUGUCACUAGUGGCGAAAACGAUGAAGAACGUGACAGGAAGUGGACGGACGAUGUUGUUCUUGGUGUUUUUGGACGAUCUGCGCAGAGUUGGGCAGUUUCUAAGAAGUUGUGUGUCAUUCCAACGUGUUGAAUCCAUAACUAAAAAAAAUUGUAAAAUUGCAGACUAAAAUUUUCCCAAAACGCUGCAUUAGUACUCCAAUGCCUGAAUAAGACGCUGACGUCUCCUCUGAUUGGCUGAUAGAUGAGGAGUGAAUGAAUACAGACACAUGUAACUCAUGUAUCUGUUAAUAUCUAUGCCGUGCCAUAGUGAAUUUAAUCUUUUAUUUUAAUUUAAUCUCUUACUUAACAGAAAUCGCAAUUGAGAAAUUAUGUCUUUUUGGACAUCAGCAUCAUAGCAACAAAUAUUUGCGCUCAUUUGUAGUGGAAACGCAACUAAUGUCAGUUUGUAAACCAGAUUGAAUGGGCGGGUAAUUCCCAUUCAUCACUACAUUUACUAUUUAUUGGUUAGUGCCAGUGGCUUUCUGCUUUUCUGUUUCUAUACACACUGCCACUGUUUCUCCACAGAUAGUUUUUAUUCAUAUGCUGGUCACAAAGCCACUCCUGUGUCUGCCUCCAACUGCAGUGUAUAUAUAUGAACUGGAAUUUUUCAUAAAAAACAGGAAAUGAUUUGGUGUAGAUGAAAAAGAUGCCUCAGUCAUAUCAGUUUCCUAGAAGCACAGAGAAGAACAGUUUCCUGUUCAUUGGAAACAAAUGUGUGCUGCACACUUCAAUUCAGAAACACUUUAUUUAUCCCAAAGGGAAAUGAAAUGUUGUCAUGACUCAUGUCGUGAAAGUAUCUGUAAAGAGUUGUGGAUGGUGAUGCUGUGGGCAGGAUGAAUCUCGGGUCGCAGUAAGUCUUGCGAUGAAUUUUAAGAGGCCUCUUACUGCAGCUGCUGUUACUGAAUGAGAGCCUCAUGGCUGUCAACACAUGCUAACAGCUCAAUGUCAGGGCAGCAGAUGUUAUUCCACAGCAACAUAUUCUGGAUGACACCAUCAGUUGUUGGCUAGCACUGCUAAUCCACCUCAUUUGCUUUGCCACUCCUUUUUAAACCUCUGGCUGCCUGGAUGGCUGGACGGCAGAGAGAGGUUGGAGUAGAGGAUAUGAUCCUUCCUCAUUAUGAUUGAAAGAAGAGAUGGUUAGAACUUCCUCCAUCUCUCUGCUCAUUGGUCCUGCUCCGAAUCCACGCUCCUCUGAGACUUGGGGGUCGUAGUUCAGGUAUUAUUUGAGCUUUCAAGAUGCUGAUCAGUGUUUUAAGUGCUUUAAACAGUUAGCUGAAUCUUUCCAGCUUCUCCGCACGAGAACCAGAAAGAAUAAUUGUCAUGCAACAUGCAAUGCCUCAACCCAAAAAAAAAAAAGAACAGAAGUCUAGAAAAACAACAAAUCAGAACUAAAAUAACAGAGCAACUUUCACAGCUCAGCCCUGGAGGAAAAUCCACCAGAGGACUGAUAUCUGUUUGGAGUAUCAGCUUUUUUUACAAGUAUGAGUUCUGGCUGCUGGUACCAGGCCCAAUACUGAUACCAGUACUGAUACUGGUAUCACUUUACCUAGUGGCUCUUUCUAAAUGCACAAUAUUGACUGGCUUGAGAAAAUCCUUAAUAAUAUUACAGUAAUAGUUGUUACAUUUGUAAUAUGUAUUAGCAAAAAGCUGUUGGAAUCCAUUUUAAGCCUUUAUUUUAUAGCCUCAGACAACCUCCUUCACUCUUUAGUAAAAAUCUAAAAGUAAUGCAGCCUGGUGGAUCCCAUCUUCUCAGUGUCCGUCAAUGGAUUCUGGAGUGACUGCACAUAAAACUAUUAUUAUGACCUGAAGCAUUUGGUUUAUAAAACUAAAUAAAUCUUUGCCAUCUCUGGGGCUGUUUUGGACCAAAUUUCAUCUUUGUACGUGAGAUCAUAUUACAAAUGUUCUUUGUAUUCAGUGAACUAGCUACAUAUGUGAUUGUACUACUUUGUAAAAAUCUGUACAGUGAUAAUUAUGUAUGCAGUACUAUGUUGUUGUUUUUUGUCAGACUUAAACGUUUUAAAUGUUCAAACUGAUGUUAAUGUCAAAAACAACCUGAAUUUUCAAUAAAGUUCAGUUUAUUCA